AUGGAAGGAAGAAAUGUUGCCGUUUGCUUUCUAUUUUACCUCUUGAUAUCUUCCCAAUGCGAUUUUGAUAACGCCUCCUCUGUCGCCACGGUAAGACUUCUAAGUAAACAAGAAAAUUUGCUUUCUUGGAACAACGCAAAAAUUGUAUUGCCAACAAGUUAAAGCAAUUAGUUUUCAGUUGUUGAAUUUGAAAGUGUUUUAGAGGAGAAAACAAAGAGCUUCUUUUAGAACUAUUUAAAUGUUUUAUCCAAAGCAGCGGAGGACCAAGCUGGCUUCAUGUUUAUGCUUAAUUUAAUAUUAAAUAUUGCCAGGCUUUCACUAGAUUUUGAAAUGAUUUGUUUGUAAAUACUGGGAAAACCUAGUUUCUAAUUACAACUAACACUCGCGCUACGCCUGCGGCAGACAGAGGAGCUAGGCCAUUAUCCACCAUUAUUCACGAGAGGGUUUAUUUUGAAAACGCGCACCCCUCGCGUGAGUAAAGCCUUACCUAGAGAGAAUGAUAAUGAACUUCGAGGAUCUUAAAAAAGGCUUCAUCAAGUCUGUGUCAUAUGUAUGGUCAAUUUGUUUAUUUUCUACUAUGGCAGUCCGGAGUGCAAAUAAAAUAAUGACGAUUCUCACUGAAAGCAAAUUCAGUUAAUAUUUUACGACCGUCAAGAUAAAAAAAUGUUUUCUUUACUAAUUUCUACUAUGAAACAGAACCCUAACACCUGCUUGCGAGGAUCACCUGGCCUCCCUGGACGCAACGGAGUUAAUGGACAUAAUGGGUUACCAGGCCGCGACGGCCGAGAUGGAGCUAAAGGUGAAAAGGGCGUGUCAGGAACUCCUGGAUCCCGUGGUGAGAAGGGAGAAAGGGGAUCAAGUGGAACAGACACUGAUCACAGAAACUGGAAACAGUGCGCGUGGAAGAACUACGACGGGCGUGACAUUGGAAUGAUCAAGGUUUGUGGAUUCUAAAAUUAGUGUAAUGAACGGCUACAGUCAACUUUGGUAUGGUUAGAUACUAAGGUUGUGCUUUUAAAAAGGGUGGAAAUUUACUGUCCAUUGAUAUCAUUACGGGAUGAAAAAGGUUCCCUUAAACAGACAUGUAAAUAAAUAAUUUAGUUUUAUUUGAUCUUGCAGUAUUGACAGUUCACUAAAACCAAGGAUGACACUGCUCUCCGUGCUGUUUACCAGGGAAACUUCCAUUUGUCAGGGUGUGGCAGCUGCUGCAAGAGAUGGUUCAUCACUUUUAACGGCGCCGAGUGCAGUGCUCCUCUGCCUAUUGACGCAGUGCUGUGGAUCGGAAAUACUGGGGAAAACAACCACAGACCCGGGUUCAUUGAGGGCUACUGUAACAACAUACACAAGGGCAAAAUCCGAGUUGGAAUCAAUAUUGGAAAUUGUGCAGGAUAUGGAAACUCCAAUGGCAACACAGGCUGGAAUUCAGUGUCCCGUUUGAUCGUUGAAGAAGUUCCUCGCUCUCAAUAG